GUGUCUUAAUAGAUAUAAAUGAAAUAAAGCAGGACAUUAGAACAAUGUAUUGUGCUGAAAUAAAGGAACAAAGUCUUGGCUUCCGAGAGCUAAUCCCAAAGCCGUGGCUGGCAUAUAAAUCUAGCGACGAAGAACUUGCUUCCAAAACUUCCUCUCACCAAGCAUCCACCUCACUCUCCUACAUCCUGUCCGGUAAGUUCUCUUCCCGGGCUCGUUUCGCAGUUACAAUCUCGCAGAGAUAUCUUUAAACCACAUCUCAGUAGGUCUCAAACCCAACUCACCAGCCAUGUCCUCUACCCAGCACCGCACCGGCCGCGUCCACAAUCUGAGCCAGCACUUCGACAGUCUGGUUCAGACAGAGGUCCGCGACGAACGCUCCUCGCCGACAUCUCUCGCCGAAGAGUCUUCGAGCCCCAAAGCUCUGAAGACCGUCUUCACCGGCGAACACCGCGUCCCGCUCCGCGAGCGCCUGCGCGCGAUGCGCCAGGGGAUCAACGGGCGCAAGGAAGAGCGCCGCAAGAGCGCCGGCUUACCCAACAACCGCGAGGACAUGGCCCUACUUCCGACGCGAUCGCCAUCGCGCACGCCCAGCCCGCUGGACCUGGACUCCUCCUACCCAUCCACCUCCACCUUCACCACCACCGCACCCCCUUCCACCCCGCGGCGCUCGCGCCCCUCGCCCCUCCCCCUAGUAGACUCCUGCCCGGGAGCCCCGGUCAAAUCGAAGAAGUGGCUCGACCUGCCCGCCAGCAAGUCAGGCACGGACGCGGACGACCUGCUGUUCGACCGGCGCGCUCACCCGCGGGCCGCCGUCGAGAUCGCGGCCAGCGCGGACAAGGCGCGCGAGCGCCAGCGGCGCCGCAUCACGACCCCGGGCGCGCCGUCGCCACUGCGCUCAAGCUUCAACGCCGACGAGAUGGCGGAGCUGGCCGCGCAGCUCGACGCCAUGCGCGCCGAGAUCGCGGCUAAGGAGGAGGGCCGGGAGGACCUGUUGACGCCGGAGCCGUUUAAGGGGUUUGAGAGGUUUGCUCGUGACUAAGUAUCGUCUUUUGCCUACCUUUUGAUUUCGCGUAGUAUAUAGGUAGCCUACCUAUUUGGAGAGGUGAGUUAAGGUAAGCUGGAAUGGACAUGACCUAAGUCGUCUCGUUUCCCUUCGCUUGUCAUCGUAAGUAUACAUCUAAUUACCUACCGUAGGUAAGUAUAUUAUAAGCAGACUGAGUAAGCAGUAGUUCGCAUAGCUAGUCUAUCUGUAACAUUAACAAAUAAAAGUCGUCUUUGAGAUUCUCAUGGGUUUAUUUCAUUGUUUACAUAUAUACCGAGUGCGAAAUGAAACUAAGUGAUAAUUGCGAAUGAGUUUGUUUCCAAUGAAGUUGUGUUUAG